AUGGCCGGGAUCUGGAUCUCCGCCAUAGGCGCCGUCGUGGGCAGCACCGUGGCCGUGCUCGUCGCGAGGGCAUCUGUGGGGACUUGCCUCGGCUGCCUCGCGGGCGUGUUCCUUGUGCUGGUCGACGACCGUUCGUUGUUUCGGUCUCAGGCGGCGGUGUCCCUGCUGUUCGGCGCGCUCAUCGCCGUCGGAGUCGCGUUCUCCUGGCACCAGGGCCACGCCUCGGGCGCCAUCUCGCCGGUGGCGUUCCUACAGCGCUGGUGCGGGCUUUGCGGCGGCGUCAACCCUUAUGCGCGCGUCGCUGGCGAGGACGGCGGUGCGUCCGCCGCCGCCGCCGCGCCGGGAGGCCGGGGUAGGGUGGGCGCGGCGGCUAGGGGGAAGAGGACCACCUGGACGUACCCGGACAACCAUAACUCGUGGAACUACUUUGACACGGACGCGCUUCCGCACGGGCUUAGGAUCAACGCGGAGUCGGCUCUGUCCUGCGCCGACGAGCUGGCGAACUCAUUCGGGUUCCAGGACGAUAACGUCAGGAACCAGGUCGAGCACCUCAUGACGCUCCUGGCUAACCACCGCCGCUACGCCACCUCGAUGCCCACCCUGACGCUGCGUGGGGCGUUGGUGCCCCACAAGACCGCCAUCCACAGCCUCCACGCCAAGCUGUUCCGCAACUACCGGGACUGGUGCGAGUCGAUGAGGAUCGCGCCUUGCUUCAUGCCUCACCCUCCCCCGAACGACGGCUACGGGGGCGGUCACGGGGACAGCGGCAGGGACAAGCUAGAGGAGGACGCUCUGAUGAUGGACCUGAUGCUGUGGCUGUGCAUGUGGGGCGAGGCGGGCAACCUGCGGCACAUGCCGGAGUGUCUCUGUUUCCUGUUCCACAAGAUGAUGCAGCACAACAUCGCGAUGAAGCAAGGCGGGGGGGACACGCCCAACCUGUACGGCGGCUACUUCCUCGACCACGUCGUGACCCCCAUCUACGAGGUGAUCACCCGCAAAAAGAAACGCGACGAUAGGACUGACCACCAGAACAAGCUCAACUACGACGACUUGAACGAGUUCUUCUGGACGCCGACCUGCCUCAUCUUCUCGUACCGCAGCGACGACGUCGCGGGGGCGGCGGCGGAGGCGGAGGAGGAAGGUUCCGCGGCUGGCGGCGGCUUCCGCGGCGCCGGCGGGGCGGGGGGCUCCGCGGUGCUCCCGGUCGCCGUCGGCAUGGAGGACGCGCCCAAGACGUUCGUGGAGAAGAGGAGCAUGCUGUCGACGGUGCUGUGCUUCCACCGCGUGCUGGAGUUCCACAUCCUGACUUUCCAGAUGUGCGCCGUGGUGGCGUUCGCGAACAUGAUGGUGUGGGACAAGCCGUACUUCCUCCAGAUGGCGUCGAGCGUAUUCUGGUCGGCGAAUUUCCUGGGCAUCGUGUGGACGAUCCUCGAGGUGUGGCAGGCGUUUCCGGGCAUCCAGAUGACGGGAACGGCCAAGGGCGGGCUCCUCGUGCGCCUGGGCCUCCGCUUCCUGGUGCUCGUGUACCAGAGCCUGUACUUCAUGUGGUCGACGCAGCGGAUUCCGGUGGAGCGGACGGGGAUGCAGGCCCAGGGAGGGUACGUGUUCUGGUGGUGGCAGUACCUGUGGCUGUCUUUCCUGGCCAUGGUGCCGUACGCGCUCGAGUGCUUCCAGCAGGUGUUCCCGCCGAUCGCGACGUGGCUGUGCAACUGCGACAGCGACUACCUGCAGGCGCUGCUCAACAUCUGCUACCCCCUGAGCCGCGUGUACGUGGGCAAGCGGGUAGACGAGCCGGUGGGCAAAGCGUUCAAGUACAUCUUCUUCUGGGGCACCCUCCUCGCGUGGAAGAUCUACUUCUCCUACAAGUACGAGGUGCUCAUCCUCGUCCUCCCCUCCGUCGAGCUCUACGACGACUACGUGAACUACCCCGAGACCUCCUAUUGGGGCAUGUUCUUCCUCAUCCUGCUCCGGUGGGUGCCCCAGAUGUUCAUCUACCUCAUCGACACCUCCAUCUGGUUCGCCUGCUGGACCGCCAUGACCGGGAGCAUCGUGGGUUUCCAGGAACGCAUUGGGGAGGUGCGCGACUUCCCCUCCAUCCGCAAGAUGUUCAUGCAGAUCCCCGCCGAGUUCUGCUCUAAGGUAAUCUGCGCCGGCGUCUCUUCCCGCGACCCCUCCACGCUCGACUUCUCCCUCUCUAGCGCCGGCGGAGGUGGCAUGGCCGGAGGAGACGGGGCCGGCAUGGCCGAGGCAGGGGCGGCGGGGAGGGCGGGUCUCACCGGGGAGCCGUUGCUGACGGAGGCUAGUCGACUGCUCGCGGCGGGCGUGGCGGGCGCCAAGCCCGGCGCAACCAUCGAUGACAGUUAUGAGUGGGACGGGGGAACUUCAGAGUUCUGCAGGUAUCGCCUUACCAGCAGGACCGUAGGCGUGCGGACGAAGUUUGUGUGGCUCUGUUUGUGGUGUACGGUUUCGGAAGGCAUCAACGGCCGCGAGUCGGCUGGUCAGUUGGAUGAAGACAACCUCCCUGUCGAUCGUCGCAACGUUUCGGCUUCUCUCCUCUGGACGGUGACGACGGUCGGCGGCGGAUCAACAGCGGCGAGCGUGCCCAAUGGCCGCCGGCAGAACAACCACCCCCGGGAGUUCGUGAGGGAGUUCCUGGACCUCCGCACACAGAAGUGGGCGACCUUCGCCGCUGUGUGGAACGAGGUGAUCAACAACAUGCGCUACAGCGACGUCAUCAGUAACGCGGAGCAGGGUAUCCUCAAGUUCCACUCCUUCGCGGGCUUCGCCAAGCCGGUGUACCUGCCAAUCUUCCAGACAGCGGGAAGCGUGGAGCUGGCGCUGAGCAUGUUCGACGAGCACGUGGCGCUGUACGAGUCGGAGGAGGACCUCGCGAGACGGAUGCAGCACGAGUCGGCCCUUCGCCGCGCCAUCUCGACGGACGUGACCGUUGCGGAAGCCCUGAGCGAGGUGUGGGAGCUGGGCAUCUGGCUCAUGCGGCAGCUGCUGGGGCCUCAGCACGGGAACGACAUGGCACGGACGGUGCAGGUGUUCAACCAGUUCAUCAACGGAGGUAAGGCCAUGCAUCAUCUCAAGCUUAGGAACCUCAAGUCCAUCGUGGCGGACACGACGGCUAUCGUGUCCUCGCUCCACCACGCCUUGCCGAAGCGCAAGGCGUCGCCUCUGCCCAAGGACGGAGGGGGAAAUGCGGGCCCCGGCGCGGGGUCAGGCUUCGGCCAGGGGCUGGGCAAGAAGACGCGGGCCGGCGGCAUGACCAAGAGCGUGAGCACGAGCGGGCUGUCUUCGCUCACCAGCGGCGGCGCCGGAGGCGGAGGCGGGGGAGGCGUCUCAAGCGGCAUGGCCACGGAAGGGCGGCGGCAGGGGAUGGUCGGGGCCCACAGUAGCUCCGCCUUCGGCACGGCGGACAAGACGAGGGACGCUGUGAGGGACAAGCUCAGGCCCUUGCUGAACAACGUCCGGAACAUGCUCAAAGGCGCCGACGAGAGGGGCACGGAGAUCUCGGUAAAGUUGUCCUCCAUGGCCAACCAGAGCACGGGGUUCAUGUGGGACGACGCUUACGCUAGCCAGCGGCUCGACCGCAUGGCGCAGGACAAGACCACCCUCUCCAUCCUCGAGAAGCUGCACGGGCUCUUGGGCAUCGACCGCAACGACGCGGAGCCGCACUCGGUGGAAGCACGGCGACGCCUGGCCUUCUUCACGAACUCCCUGUUCAUGGACAUGCCGAGGGCCCCCCCGGUGCAGGACAUGAUGAGCUGGUCGUGCAUGACUCCCUUCUACUCGGAGGACGUGGUGUACAGCCGCGGAGACCUUGACCAGAAGAACGAGGACGGGCUGACCACGCUCAUGUACCUUCAGGCGCUGUACAAGCACGACUGGCGCAACUUCAUGGAGCGCAGGGGCAUCACGAGCGAGCAGCAGGCGAUGAGCAAGAAGCACAUCGAGGCGACGAGACUGUGGGCCUCCUUCCGCGCCCAGACGCUCGCACGGACCGUGGAGGGCAUAAUGUACUACGAGGCCGCGCUGCGCCUGCUCGCCCGCCUGGAGAGAGUCAAGGAGGAACAGCUCGAGGAGCUGGUGGUGCAGAAGUUCCAGUACGUGGUGGCCUGUCAGGUGUACGGUCGUAUGAAGAAGAACCAGGACCCUAAGGCGGACGACAUCGAGAUCCUCCUCAAGCGCUUCCCGAACCUUCGCGUUGCCUACAUCGACGAGGUUCGCGUGUCCCGGGACUCUACGUCUUCUGCCCAAGAGUACUUCUCCGUGCUCAUCAAGGCGCACGACCAGAGGGGGCAAGGAGACGCGGACGGCAGCAAGAGGGGCGGCGGUGGUGCUGGCGGGAGGGACGACGGCAUCCAGGAGGUGUACCGCGUGAAGCUGCCGGGCAACCCGGUGGUCGGGGAGGGCAAGCCCGAGAACCAGAACCACGCCAUGAUCUUCACGAGGGGGGAGCACCUGCAGGCCAUCGACAUGAACCAGGAAGGCUACUUCGAGGAGGCCCUGAAGAUGCGCUGCCUUCUGGAGGAGUUCCGAGGGGGUACCGCCCGCCGCCCCGCCGUGGUCGUCGGGUUCCGCGAGCACAUCUUCACCGGGAGCGUCAGCUCGCUGGCCAACUACAUGGCCCUGCAGGAGCUGUCGUUCGUGACCCUGGGGCAGAGGGUGCUCAACAACCCGCUCAGGGUCCGCAUGCACUACGGCCACCCCGACCUGUUCGACAAGGUGUUCUUCAUGACGGCAGGCGGUGUGAGCAAGGCGUCCAGGGGCAUCAACCUAUCUGAGGACAUCUUCGCCGGGUACAACGGCACCAUCCGGGGAGGGCAGAUCUUCUUCAAGGAGUACGUCCAGGUGGGCAAGGGCCGCGACGUGGGCAUGCAGCAGAUCUACAAGUUCGAGGCCAAGCUGUCCCAGGGCGCCGCGGAACAGACCCUAUCCCGCGACGUGAACCGCCUUGGCGAUCGCCUCGACUUCUUCCGCCUCCUGUCAUUCUACUUCGGCGGCCUCGGCUACUACGUGGGCAACUUCAUCACGGUGCUGACGGUUACCUUCGUGGUGUACUUCGUUCUCGCCCUGGCCGUGUUCGACGAGGAGUCCAUCGGGGACCGCAAACUUAUCCCGGAGGGAAACCUGCAAGUCCGUCGGCUGUCCACAUCUGCUGCCCCUGGCGCUCUAUCCAUGAAGUACAUGCACCAACUCGCGUUGAUGAUGCUCGCGGGUAUGGGCCUGCUCAACACGAUGCCCAUGCUGGCCACGCUCACGGUCGAGAAGGGUCUCCUCGUCGCUCUCGGAGAGGUCCUGCAGGUCUUCUUGAGCGGCGGACCCAUGUACUUCAUGUUCCACAUCCAGACGCGGGCGCACUACUUCUACCAGACGCUGCUGGCGGGCGGGGCGCAGUACCGCGCCACGGGGAGGGGCUUCGUGACUCACCACUCGUGCUUCGACGACCUCUACCGGUUCUUCGCCAACUCGCACUUCUACCUCGGAUUCGAGCUCAUGGUGGCGUUGAUCGUGACCGCCGCCAUGACCAGCUCCAAGCAGUACCUGGGCAUGACCUGGUCGCUGUGGCUGGCCUGCCUCAGCUUCCUCUUCGCCCCCUUCUGGUUCAACCCGCUGUCCUUCCACUGGGGCAAGGUUGUCCAGGACUACAAGAUUUGGAUGCGCUGGAUGACAGGGACGGGCGGCAACAGCUCCAACAGCUGGGAGGGCCUCGUCCGGCCGCUCAUCUACGUCGUGAUCGGCUACGGCGUCGGGGGUCCGCAGCUGCUGGGGCUCGACCACAAGGAGCUCAAGGUGGUGGCGAAGCUGGCCGCGCUCGCCUUGGCUCUCAUGGCGGCGUCGAUGCUCACGCAGCACUACGGGAACAGGCUGACCCCCUGGAUCCGUCGUUCCUCGACGAUCCUCAUCACCACCUUCGCGGUCGUGUACGGCAUCUACCUGCUACUGGCGCACACCAAGUACACCAAGGUGGCCGUGGGCCUCUACUACGUGGCGGCGGCGGGGUCAACCGUGGGGCUCCUGAUGGGGUACAAGUUCGCGCGCUUCACGUGGCACAUCCACGACUUCGUCAUCGGCCACCUCCUCUUCAUCAUCCUCUUCCUGCUGUCGGCUUUGAAGUUCCCCAGCUUGGUGCAGACGUGGCUCUUGUUCCACAACGCUCUGUCGGAGGGUGUGGUUAUUGACGACAUCCUCAAGUACGCUCGCAUGAACAAGGAGCUUGCCGGUGUGGACGAAGACUCCCUCGAAUCCAGCUCGGAGUUGAAGAAGAUCGUGGAGGCCCAGGCGGCCGAGCUCGAGCUUCUCAAGCAGAGGAUCAUGUCGGGGGGAGGAGGAGCGUUCAUUGGCAUCAACGGCAGCCCGCACCAGCAACAGCAGGGAGGCAGCGGCGGCGGCGGCGUUGGAGCCGGCAACGAGGAGUGCAUGGCUGGGUCGGUCUACUCGACGGAUUCGGGCGGCUACAGCUACAUGAUGCAGCCUCUGGGAGGAGACGGGCCUGAUGCGGUUCCCAACCGGGCGGAGAUGAUGCACCCCAGCAACAGCUCCCUCAACUUGGCGGACAUGGCCAACGCUAGGGCUUCAACCACGGAGCCUCCCCCGAGCCAAGCCUUCCAGUUCAGCUCUCCCGUGUCUAUGCCGCCCCGCUAGAGGGAGUCUGAAGGCCAUGCGCCGCACGUAGCGCUCGCUGAGUAUCUUGGGGCACUUGUUGAGGACGGGCGAGGUGUGGUCGUUAUCAGCGGAGAGCGGUGUCGCAGAAACAGGGGCAGGUAGUUCACGUUUGGACGACGACGAAGAGAAAGCGGGGCGUUUUUUGUUUGUUCGCGUUUUGAUGGAUGUGUUGUCUAGAAGAAGCGAGGUGAAAGAGGGGCACAAAGAGUUGACCGUUGAUGCCCCCCCCCAAAAAAAAAAAAAAAAAAACCUCCCCCCGCGCGCGUCUAAGCGUCGCGUUCGUCCGUGCAGCUAGCUCACUCGGCAUGGGUAGAGGAAAGAAAAAGUGGGCGUUAAGGCGAGAGAGGUUUUUGGUAGGUGGGGUUGCGUACCGUGCAUGUGUCGACGAAAAGAGCUGAUCGUUUCCGGUUCUUCGUUUUCCCACGGCAACCAACCCCGGCUGAUGACGUUGAUGUUUAGAAAGGGUAAGAGCGGUGGCACCGUGGAGAGACGGCUAUUGUUGUUUUUCAUGCAUAUCAUAGAGAGGGUGGCGAGGGGGGGGGGGGGGGGNNGGGGGGGGGGGGGGGGGGGGGGGGGGGGGGUACUUGUCUCGUCUGGUUUGGCGGUGGAGCGGGCGAAGAUCCCGUCGUGAUAUACCAGCCAGGGCUUGAGAGAAUAGACGGGUUCUAUUUUCUUGGAUGUUGUUUUGCUUGUUCGAGCAGAGGGGCAACCGGGAACCCCUGUGAAACGUUAUCAUCCCACCAACAGGUGCGUGCGCGUAUAGUUGAUAUUGGCAAGGUUUCAGGCGCUUGGCGGCCUCGGCUACAGGAGUCUGGUACGAGGAGGGGGGUUUCAUCCCGCGGGGCCCCCGCGAGAUGGAAAGAGCGACAAUGGCUCGUGGGAGUGGAGUCUUGUGUGCACUGCUGUGCUCGUGGAGUUCGCGCAACGGUGUCCAUCGCAAUCGUUCUUGUUUUAUCCCGUUGAGGUUGGCGGCCACUCUCGUUGUGGGGCUUCCCGUUAAGUUUGGUUUCGCCCUUUCGGGUUUUACCUGAGUUUGACAUGGCAGUUGUUGAUGUGGAUGGAUUGGGGUAGGAAGUGGAACAUAGUUAGACCAAUAGUAGACAUUAGCGUUACAUUUAUUGCAUUGACAUGUAGCUGUUGUCAGACGACGUCCAUAGGUGAACUGUACUUUCACUGUAGUGGUGAGAGCCAUGACGGUGUAGUGGGCUAUGGGAAGUGGUUCGGCUUGGCCGGGUGGCUUGGUGGACAAUUGGUUUUGGACAGGCGGAAGAGGCGUCGGGGAUGCGUUGCUGUUGUUGUUGGCGGCAGCUUGCUAUAACUACGUCGCGCGUUCCUUCCACCACAACUCGGCCUCUGGUGUCGGUAACAACUUUGGCAUCUGCACACACGCUGCGUAAAAGUAGUCCUGGUGCAUUAUUAUCGUCCUAUGGGUGUCGUCGAGGUGGCCGAUUCGAAUCUCACGCGGUGUCGCCUGACGCGGACCGUUUGACUGGACAAGAGAAAAUUUUGCAUGGCGUUUUGUUCGCCGGCAUUUUUUGCUUUUUUGCUCUGCACGUGAAUGCGGCGUUUGUGCUGUGUUUCGUCACGUGGACCUGAAAAACGACUUAUUGGUUUCGUCAC